AUGGUAGCCAACCCUAGGUCUAGGAUGAACAAGUUUGUGAUGGGAGUGCCUAGCUUGAUGGAAAAAGAGUGUCAUACGGCAAUGCUUCUUAAUGAUAUGGAUAUCUCUAGGCUCAUGGUUCAUGCGCAACAAAUUGAGGAGUCCAAAAUUAGGGAGAUAACGCAAGAGGGUAAAAGGCCUAGGUCGGAUGAUUCUAGCCACCAAACGCCUGAAAAGAGGUUUUAUCCCCAAGAUUCUUCCAUGGGAAACAUGUAUAGGGCUCCAAAUCAACAUUAUCAAGUUGGUGGUCAUUCCUAUGGAAGGGCUAGGUGCCCUACUUGUGGAAAGCAGCAUGGAGGUAAGUGUCUUGCUGGAACGGAUGGUUGUUUUGCAUGUGGUCAUAAGGGCCACAAGAGGAGGGACUGCCAAAACCUCAAAUCAAGUGGGAAAGAUGUCAAUAAAGCUUCCCUAGAUCCUAAUGCUCCCAAGAAGAACACUUCAUAUGGGAUGGGUGCUAGGAAGGAUAAUUAA